GAUUGGCAAAGACUGACAUCCUCUGUCCCAUCACGGUCGUUCUUAAAGAGUUGGGAGAGGGAAACAAAUCUUGGGAGGCUUUGAAACCUGUGGAUCCAACAAUACUAUUGGUAUGUGAAAAUCAUACAGAAUGCACAGGAUUUCCCCACAUUCCCAUCUGGUUCCAUCAUGGAAGAAAACGCCUGCCUAUUAAGUGCUACAAUGAAAGUUAUUUAAAAAACAACACAACUAGACUUACAAACUUUUUAUUUGUUGUCAUUUUAAAAAUAUAUCUUUAAGCAUUCAUUUCCACAACCUUGGGACUUUUUUCAAAUAGCCUUAAUUUAUGCAUAUGUAUUCCUUAAUAUAUUUACCCACUGCUUUUGGGAAAAAUUCAAAGUGAACAACAGCACAGCCACGGAAAUAAUAUUUUCUUGGAUUUCCAUGCAGAGUCAAGAGAAAUGUACAAAGACAUCCACCCAUGGCAGCCAUCAUCCUAGCUGAUACAUGCAUCUCUUUAGCUCUUGCUCAGCCAGCUAUGAAAGCCCAACUGUUCAGAAAAACCACCAGCAGACUUUGGUCUCUUUCAAAAUUUUGUUCUUCUGUCAUGAACGUGAGGGGGCAGCGCUCCUACGGCACAGAAGUAGAAAAGAUUGGCGAGCGACCUGUCCUCAUCACUGGCUGUGACUCUGGGUUUGGUUUCCGGCUGGCCAAGCACCUACAUGGAAAGGGUUUCAUUGUCUAUGCUGGUUGCCUACAGAAGGCGCAAGGCAAGGGAGGCUCCAAAGACCUGGAUGACAUGAAAAGCGAUCGCAUGAGAACCAUUCAGCUCGAUGUCUGUAGCAACGAAGAUGUGGCACGUGCAUUGGACCAUGUAACUGCCUCUCUGAAGAACCCAGAGGCUGGACUGUGGGGUGUAGUCAACAACGCUGGGAUCUCCACUUUUGGGGAGGUAGAGUUCACCAGCAUGGACACCUAUAAAAAACUGGCUGAGGUGAAUCUCUGGGGGACCGUCCGCACUACAAAGGCCUUCCUGCCUCUCAUCCGGAGGGCCAAGGGUCGCGUUGUGAAUAUAACCAGCAUGCUGGGGCGGAUGGCAAGCCCAGCUCGCUCCCCUUAUUGCAUCACCAAGUUUGCUGUGGAAGCCUUCUCUGACUGUCUGCGCUAUGAGAUGCAACCCCAUGAGGUCAAGGUCUGCAUCGUGGAACCCGGAAAUUUCAUUGCAGGCACAAGCCUGUACAGCUCUGAAGGCAUCAAGGCCACUGCCGAGAAGAUGUGGAAUGAGAUGCCUGAAACAGUGCGGCAGGAUUAUGGACGGAAGUAUUUUGAUGAGCAAGUGGCCAAGAUGGAGACAUACUGCCAAAGUGGCUCCACAGACCUUUCUCCUGUCAUCGAGAGCAUCACUCAUGCUCUGACUUCUCCCUCUCCCUAUACUCGGUACCAUCCCAUGGACUAUUACUGGUGGCUACGCAUGCAAGUGAUGACUCACUUGCCAGGUGCUAUUUCGGAUCGCCUGUACAUUUAUUAAAGAGAGAUGGCUGCAUUUCAUGCUGAAGCCCCAACCAGGAAUUUUAAAUAUUAAAAUGUGGAAAUUU